AUGGAUUUUGCGUCAAAGAUGGAUAGUGGUGAUGGAAUAAAAAGAAGGAAAGUUAUAAAAGUAAAUGAUCUAGGACAAGGGUCGGCAACCUGCGGCCCGCGGGCCGCAUGCGGUCCAUGUAGCGGUUUUAUGCGGCUCGCGAUUGCAAUUUAUAAUUAGUAUAAAAAUAUAGAAUAUAAAAUAUAAACAAUGCAUGUUAGUCAAUGAGUUAUGUCCAGAAAAAAUAAAACUUUUUGAAGAAAUCAGUUUUUCGACUCGAACAUGUGUGAGACGAACUGAGGAAUUAGGAAGUAAUAUAUUUUCACAAUUAAAAGGUAUUAUCAUACCGUCAUUAGACUGUUUUUCGAUAGUUAUCGAUAAUAGCACAGAUAUCUCUGAUACGGCUCAAAUUUUAAUAUUUAGGCGUGGAAUAGAUAAGGAGUUUAAUGUUUAUAACGAGUUAGUAGAUAUAUGUAGUAUAAAAGGCACUACAACAGGUGAAGAUAUAUUUAAAAAUAUUGAAAAUUCAUUUGAAAAAUUAGGGCUUUCGUUGAAAAAAUUAACUAAUAUAACUACUGACAGAGGAAAAAAUAUGAGUGGUAUAAAUAAAGGUUUCGUUGGGAGAAUCAAAAUAAAAAUUAUUAAUAGUAAAUUUGAAAUACCUAUGGUUUUUUAUUGUAUUAUACACCAAAAGGCACUAUGUAGCAAAGUUUUGGCUUGGAAAAAUAUCAUAGAUACAAUUGUACCCACCUUAAAUUAUAUACGAAAAAAUAGGUUGGCCCAUCGACGAUUCCAACAGUUCUUAGAUAAUGUUGAAGCUGAAUAUGGUGAUGUUAUUUAUUUCACAGAAGUUCGUUGGUUAAGUAGGGGAGCAGCUUUAAAAUGACUUUUUGUUCUCAGAGAGGAAAUAAAUGUAUUUAUUAAUGAAAAAGGAAAACAUAUUCCCCAAUUAUCGGACAAAAAUUGGAUACUCGAUCUUGCUUUUUUAACUGAUAUUACCAUAUUUUUAAAUGAAUUAAAUGUAAAAUUACAAGGAAUGGAAAAACUUCUACCAGAUAUGUACUCGAAUAUUAAAUCAUUUUCAGUUAAAUUAAAAUUGUUUUACAAGCAUAUUGAUGGAAAAAAAUUAGAUCAUUUCGUUUGUUGAAAACAAGCCAUGGAGACAUUUCAACAAUGUAACUGGGAUGAAGUGAAAGUAACAUUUUUGAAUAUCAUUGAAAAUUUAUAAAAUUAAUUUUCAACCAGAUUUUCAGAUUUUUAUUCAAUUGACUUCAAAAUAAAAUUAUUUCAAAACCUAUUUGUAGUUGAUAUUGAUGACGUUGAAAGCUGUUUACAAAUGGAAAUUAUUGAGUUGCAAAGUGAAGAAAGUCUUAAAACUGCUUUUCAUGAUGGCCACAACUUAUUUCAGUUUUAUUCAAGUAUCUGUGAAACCAAAUUUAAUAAACUAAAAUAUUUUGUCAAACAAAUGUUAUCCGUGUUUGGCAGCACUUAUAUUUACGAGCAAACUUUCUCACUCAUGAAAUAUCGAAAAAGGAAAUAUGCUUUCCGAUUAACCGAUCGUCACUUGAAAAAUGUUUUGAGAAUUUCUACAUCGAAAAUCAAGCCUACUAUAAAUAAACUUGUCAAUGCUAUUCAAAUUCAAAAAUCACAUACAUUUUUACUUUUUUUUUUUUGUAUUAUUAUUAAAACUUUGUUAUUACUUAUAUACCACGUUAAAUUAAUAUAGGUACCAAACAGUGGUGAAACUUAAAUAAAUUAAAUUAAACAUUGUUUAAAAUUUAAAAUGUAAAUAAAAUAAGGUGUAUGGCCCGUGAAAAUUUGUUUUAUUAUUUUUGGCCCUUGACACUAAAAAGGUUGCCGGCCCCUGAUUUAGGAUAUCAAUAUUAGAUAGCGAUGAAAUCAUUUCUUCGUUGCAAAAUGAAGAAAGUGACGACAGCAGUAGUGAUGAAAGUAUGGGUACACCAAAAGGACCAACAUCUACUGAAGCAUUAGCUGCGUUUGAAACUGGUCUUGAGUGGUUUGAAAAACAGGCCGAAUGUUGUCCAACAUAA